AAGGCUGGAGGUUUUAGUCUGCGGUCCGCCCGCCCCGCCAAGUUGCUAUAAACUUUUGACGAAAAGUCGAAAACAAUCGCAGAUUUCCAUUUCACCGGAUACGCUCUUGCAUCAGCUUAUUGCUUCCCCUUUCUCCCCCGCCGGGAAGCUCGAGUGGAGUGAUUGGAGAGAUGAGCGGCCACGAUUCGAAAUACUUCUCUACCACGAAGAAGGGUGAGAUCCCCGAGCUCAAGGAAGAACUCAAUUCUCAGUACAAGGAUAAAAGAAAAGAUGCUGUCAAAAAGGUGAUUGCUGCUAUGACCGUUGGCAAGGAUGUUUCAUCUCUAUUCACAGAUGUUGUGAAUUGUAUGCAAACAGAAAAUUUGGAGCUCAAGAAGCUAGUUUACUUAUAUCUUAUCAAUUAUGCUAAAAGCCAGCCUGACCUUGCAAUACUUGCUGUAAAUACAUUCGUGAAGGAUUCUCAGGACCCAAAUCCUCUCAUUCGUGCUUUGGCUGUACGGACAAUGGGAUGCAUUCGUGUUGACAAAAUCACUGAAUAUUUAUGUGAUCCCCUUCAGCGGUGUCUCAAGGAUGAUGACCCUUAUGUUCGAAAGACAGCAGCUAUAUGUGUUGCUAAACUUUAUGACAUAAAUGCUGAGCUUGUUGAGGAUAGAGGCUUUCUGGAAGCUCUCAAGGACCUCAUAUCUGACAACAAUCCUAUGGUUGUUGCAAAUGCUGUUGCAGCGCUUGCAGAAAUUCAAGAGAGCAGUAGCAAACCCAUCUUUGAGAUCACCAGCCACACACUAUCAAAGCUUCUGACUGCUCUAAAUGAAUGCACUGAGUGGGGUCAAGUGUUUAUAUUGGAUGCACUUUCCAAGUACAAAGCAGCUGAUGCCCGUGAAGCUGAAAACAUAGUGGAAAGAGUCACUCCACGACUACAGCAUGCAAAUUGUGCAGUUGUGCUUUCAGCCGUUAAGAUGAUUCUUCAACAGAUGGAACUCAUCACCAGCGCUGAUGUUGUUCGAAAUCUUUGUAAAAAAAUGGCUCCUCCUCUUGUGACAUUGCUUUCUGCAGAACCUGAGAUUCAGUAUGUUGCAUUAAGAAAUAUAAACCUCAUAGUACAAAAGCGGCCUACAAUUCUUGCCCAUGAAAUUAAGGUGUUCUUUUGCAAGUACAAUGAUCCUAUUUAUGUGAAGAUGGAAAAGUUAGAAAUCAUGAUAAAGCUUGCAUCAGACCGAAAUAUAGACCAGGUUCUCUUGGAGUUCAAGGAAUAUGCUACUGAAGUAGAUGUUGAGUUUGUCAGGAAAGCUGUCCGUGCUAUUGGACGCUGUGCCAUCAAAUUAGAGAGAGCUGCUGAGCGUUGUAUUAGUGUCUUACUUGAGUUGAUUAAAAUUAAAGUUAACUAUGUUGUUCAGGAAGCUAUUAUAGUAAUCAAAGACAUCUUCAGAAGAUAUCCUAAUACAUAUGAGUCCAUCAUUGCCACACUUUGUGAGAGUUUGGACACUUUGGAUGAGCCAGAGGCAAAGGCAUCAAUGAUCUGGAUUAUUGGUGAAUAUGCUGAGAGAAUUGACAAUGCAGAUGAACUCCUUGAGAACUUUUUAGAGAGUUUCCCUGAGGAACCUCCACAAGUCCAGUUGCAGUUAUUGACAGCAACAGUCAAACUAUUCCUUAAGAAGCCAACUGAAGGCCCGCAACAGAUGAUUCAGGUUGUCCUGAACAAUGCCACUGUGGAGACAGACAAUCCAGAUUUGCGAGAUCGUGCAUACAUAUAUUGGCGUCUUCUUUCUACUGAUCCUGAGGCUGCAAAGGAUGUUGUGUUAGCUGAAAAGCCAGUGAUCAGUGAUGAUUCAAAUCAACUUGACCCUUCUCUCCUUGAUGACCUUCUUGCGAAUAUUGCUACUUUAUCUUCUGUCUAUCAUAAGCCUCCAGAUGUAUUUGUUACUCGUGUGAAGACCAUCCAGAAAGCAGAGGAUGAUGAGUAUCCUGAGGGGUCUGAAGCAGGGUAUUCUGAAUCGUCUGCUCAUUCAGUUGAUAGUCGUGCUUCAUCUGCAUCUUCUUCAAGUAAUGCUCCUCAUCCUGCCACAAGACAGUUGACUACCAAAGCUGCAGCUCCAUUAGCCUUGCCUGACUUGCUUGACUUGGGAUUGGAAAGUAGCAACAGUGCUAUUGUGUCUGUUGAUGAGCCUGCAAUGCCAACUGGACCCCCUUUGCCUGUUGUAUUACCAGCAUCUACUGGUCAAGGUUUACAAAUCAGUGCGCAGCUGACGCGUAGAGAUGGCCAGAUCUUUUACAGCAUGUUGUUUGAGAACAACUCCCAGAUUCCACUAGAUGGAUUCAUGAUUCAGUUCAAUAAGAAUACAUUUGGGCUUGCUGCUGCUGGACCACUCCAGGUAUCUCAAUUGCAACCAGGGGCAUCUGCAAGUACUCUGUUGCCCAUGGUUUUGUUCCAAAACAUUUCUCCAGGUCCUCCAAGCACCCUUUUGCAGGUUGCUGUGAAAAAUAAUCAACAGCCAGUGUGGUACUUCAAUGAUAAGAUCUUGUUGCAUGUAUUAUAUUCCGAGGAUGGCAAGAUGGAGCGUUCCACUUUUCUUGAGACAUGGAAGUCAUUGCCUGAUUCAAAUGAGAUAUCAAAGGACUUCCCUGAGGUGGUCAUAAACAGUGCGCAGGCCACCCUUGACCGAUUAGCCACAUACAACAUGUUUUUCAUUGCCAAGCGGAAGAAUUCUAACCAAGACGUGUUGUAUCUUUCAGCGAAGAUUCCUCGAGGAGUUUCUUUCUUGAUUGAGCUCACAGCCACCAUUGGAAGUCCUGGUCUCAAGUGUGCAAUCAAGACUCCUAACCCUGAAAUGGCUCCUCUUUUCUUCGAAUCUUUCGAGCCUCUACUCAAGAGCUGAUAAUGUGUCUAUCUUCUCCACAUCCUUUUCUCUAUCAUUUGUCUGGCUUUUCUUCUUCUGAGUGGGUCCUCAAUUUUCCUUUUGUAUGAUGCUUAGCUUAGUGAACUUCCUACCCGCAUCCCUUUCAACUCUCAGUCCAAUUUUAUUCAUUUCAAACAUUUUUAGGAAUUGAAUUUUUGUAGGCCUCAUGCAAAAUGUUACUGUAUUAAAAGUUUACCCUUGAAGUCCCAAAUUUAUUUCACAUUCAUCAAAUUUGAUUGGAGGACCUCAAAUUUAUAUUA